CGCCGUGCGGUCGUGUACCGCCGUUUACUCCAGUCAAUAUGCAAAUUACAAAAAUUUUCCUAAUCAUCAUACCAAUAAUAGUUCCAUGUGACAACACACACACAGAGGAACUCGAGAGCGUUAACAAAAAAAGUGUUCUAUAUUUAAAUAGACAUUGCUACAACGAUCUGCUGCGAUGUGUCGACAAUUUCAAAUUGUGGAAGAAGCGUAAACGAUUGAUAAGAAUGUUCGACGAAUUGAAAAUCAGGAUAAAGAGGCGCGCAAUGGAUCACGAAUACGUUUUGGAUGUGAAGAGUACACCUGUGGCGCGCGGGGAGACUCGUAGUGAUAGUGAUAGCUUGGUAGCUUUUAAGGAGCAAUGGCCGUUGCAUUUUUGGCGGCGAUUCUUGUUCACAGAUGAUUAUCUGUUACUGAUAAACCCUCAUUGGUUGAGUUUCCCUCCGCCAGAUCCAUCGAUACAGUAUGUGCUUGGUGGACUGUAUGUGACUAUGGCUGUGGUAGGAUGUUCGGGGAAUGCAGUUGUUAUUAUAAUGUAUUUUAGAUGCAGAUCUCUUCGUACCCCAGGCAAUAUUUUGGUGGCGAAUCUUGCCCUCAGCGACUUCAUAAUGCUGGCAAAGACGCCGAUAUUUAUUUUUAAUUCCUUUAACCUCGGCCCAGCGCUAGGAAAAACAGGUUGCGUUAUCUAUGGUUUUGUGGGAGGCUUAAGCGGCACCACGUCCAUCGCUACGCUAACUGCUAUCGCCCUCGACCGCUACUGGGCCGUCGUCCACCCCCUGGAGCCCCUCCGAGCCCUCACAGCCAUCCGAGCCCGCUUAUUCGCUGUCGGCGCCUGGAUCUACGCAGGGAUAUUUUCUAUCAUACCCGCUCUCGAUAUAGGUUAUGGACAUUACGUGCCCGAAGGUUACCUCACCAGUUGCAGCUUCGACUACCUCACAGACGAACUGCCCCCUCGAUACUUCAUAUUUGUUUUCUUCUGCGCCGCCUGGCUCGGCCCCCUCUGCAUCAUCUGCUUCUGCUAUACAAGAAUCCUUCGCAUCGUCGUUGGCAACAGAAAUAUGAAUAGCAAAAAUCAAGAAGAGAGGAUGUCCUCUCGCCACGUUAAGGAGCAAACGAAACGCAAAGCCGAGAUUAAACUAGCUGGUCUUGUUAUUGCCGUUAUUGCCCUGUUCUUUAUAUCCUGGACACCAUACGCUAUUGUUACUCUUUUAGGUAUAUUUGGCCUUAAAGAUGCUAUUACACCAGCCAUUUCCAUGAUACCGGCUUUAUUCUGCAAAACAGCUGCUUGUAUUGAUCCAUUUAUUUACAUCAUUACACAUCCCAAGUUCCGGAAGGAAUUGCAAAAGAUGCUGUUUAAAGACAAAUCUAGAAGAAUGGAUGGAACGUUUAAAAGCGUAGGAUAUUCUGUGGAAGCUAGCAAAAUGCAUAGAAUGAGUAAAGACCUCAGCGACACGGAUGUAGAGGUCAUCGAAAUGAGAGACAUUCCAUAUCAUAACGAGGCGAAGGGUAACGCUGUGCAGACAGUCUCGUGUAAAAUAUCACAAAGACAGAAUUCUCAGAAAUCAUUAGGGAGUGUGAGCAUGAAAAGUUUUGAAGAGGAUGUGGUUAGUCCCCCAUCUUGGUACACAAAACCUCAAUUUUCCAAGUCAAGAAGUUUCAGCCGAAAGUCUACAAAGAGCUCGUGUUAAUUACAUGUAUUGAUGUUAUAAUAUAGAGAUAAUAGUUGAGCAAAUUCGUUUUGAUUAUUACUUUUCUGAGUAAGUAAUCACGGACUUCAUGAUAUAGAUUUUAAUAGAUAAAUACCAAUAAGUAUGAAAGUGUAGUUGUAGAAAGAUAUAUUUUUUUAUGUAUGGAAACAUACGAAGCACGAUCUCACUCGUCAUUUAUUUUCGCUAUAAAAAAUAACAAUUAAAUUAACAUUUAAUUUCACAAAACUUUUUUAUGCUUUUGA